AUGGAGCUUAUAUCUCACAAUGUUCCGGACCAAUACCUAGAUUUGAAAAGCGAGCCCUCGACACGACUUGCAUCUUCUCCUACCCAUGACCCAAGAUCAGGCGACGCUGCUUUAGCUUUUAUUCGCCAACAGCGGGCCCUUCACAACGAUGCAGCGCCCGUCAACGAAAAAGAACUCUUAAAAAAGAUAGACUACAAAAUAGUGCCGAUUAUGUUCGCUUGCUAUACAAUGCAAUUCAUUGACAAAGUGAAUAUAAAUUAUGCUGCCGUCAUGGGUCUAAACCAAGAUCUCCGCUUAAAAGGAAAUGAUUUCUCAUGGUGUGCCACUGCCUUUUUCAUAGCCUUUUUACUUGCCGAAAUACCCACAGGCAUCAUUUUACAAAAACUUCCAACGGCAAAAUACUUGGGAUUUAGCGUCAUCAUGUGGGGUAUCACAACCGCUUGUACCGCCGCCUGUCAUGAUUUCACCGGACUAUUGAUAGUCAGAAUUUUUCUCGGUGCUUUUGAAGCGGCAAUUGCCCCUUGUUUAAUUCUCAUUACCAGCAUGUGGUACACAAAGUCGGAACAAGUCCCCCGCAUGAGCUUGUGGUACAGCGGGCUUGGUAUUGGCCAAAUAUUUGGGGGUCUAGUUUCUUACGGCUUCCAACACGUUGAGAGCAGUUUUGCGAGCUGGCGGGUCAUGUUUCUUGCGCUGGGUGGUGUAACCAUAGCCAUCGGAAUAUGGACCCUCUGGAAGCUGCCUGAUACACCCAUGAGUUCUACAUGGCUUACGGAGCAAGAACGGCUAGCGGUUCUUGAAAAGGUGGAAAAAAAUCAAACCGGGGUUAGCAGCACAGAGUUUAAACCGAAUCAGCUUAAGGAGGUCUUCAUAGAUCCGCAGAUAUGGGCACUUAUUUUAUUUACAAUUCUGAUCUCGAUCUCUUCAGGUGUGAUUACGACAUACUCAGCUACUGUAAUCCGAAGUUUUGGGUACACACCUAGGCUUACGGCUCUCCUCAAUAUGCCGUCAGGGGUUGUGUCAAUCCUGUCUACUGUGUUAUCUGGAAUUAUUGUUGGAAGAAGUUCCACGAGAUCUCUAUGGAUUGCUGGUUUGUGUAUUCCCGGGAUAGUGGGAGGUUCCCUUAUGUCCUUUUUGUCCGAUAGCCAAAAAGCGGGAAACCUUAUUGGGAUUUAUUUGGUAAACGCCAUCACCGCAACUCUUAUUUUAGUCUACACCUGGCUCGCGGCAAACGUCGCCGGUCACACAAAACGCAUCGCCGCAAGUGUGGUAGUGUCUGGGAGUUUCUCGAUCGGAAGUAUUAUUGGUCCUAUGACAUUUCAGGCCAAGGACGCUCCUGGGUACUUUCCCGCGAAAGUUACAGUUCUAGCAACUCAAGGAGCUGCUGCAAUAGUAGCGCUGGCUCUUCGAUUCUACUACAAUUUCGAGAACCGCCGCCGAGAUCGUAUCGAAAGAGAAAAUGCAGGAGAAGAUAAGAGCGAAACCAUGAGUAACGCUGAAUGGAUGAACCGUAUGCCCAUAAAGAUAACCAAAUUUAUUUAA